GAUUAAAGAUUGCAAAAGAUCAAAGAGAAGAAACUAUCACCGGUACACCCAUAGAUUACGCCAUUCUCUUCAAAAAAUGUUGGUCAUCUAAUCCGGAUUUACGUCCAGCAUUGAAAUAUAUUUUGCCUGAAUUAGAGAGGUUAUCAAAUAGAGAAACUGUAAAAUUCAUUACGAAUGUGAUUGAUAAUGAAAAAAAAGCUACACAAUCCAUUUUCAAUACUUCAACAUACUCAGAAAACCCGGUUCUUUUGAAUGAUAGUGGAAUAUCUCUCGAAAACAUUCCCGCAUUAUCUCAAG